AUGUUUACAUUAACCAUCAAAGCUGAGCAGACGGGAGUAACAAACCUGCGACCAGACGACACGCAGGACAACCCAUUCUGGUAUAUGUUCAAGGUGCAAUGUACGUCGUGCAGAGAGACACACGAUAACUAUGUGGGUGUAAACCGUUUUGAAACGAACGAGAUGAGCGGCAGCCGCGGUGAGGCCAACUUUGUAUGGAGAUGCAAAAACUGCAAGCGUGAAUCAUCGGCUUCUAUCAAAGCCGCACCAUUGGCAUACGAACAAUCUGAGCCACCCAAGGCGCACAGGAUUAUUGAAUUUGAUUGCCGCGGACUCGAGUUCACCGAGUUUAAACCAGAGGGAGAGUGGCUUGCUGAGGGUAUUGACUCGGGUACCAAGUUUACAGCCAUCGACCUAGCAGAUGGUGAAUGGUUUGACUACGACGAAAAGGCCGGAGAGGAAGUUAGCAUCAAGGAUAUCGUCUGGGAGAUUCGCAGAGCUUAG